UUCUCUGAGUUUCCAGAAAUGGCCGCCAUUACCUGACCAGCUCUCCAGAGCCAGUCUCUGCGGCAGCCUCUGCAGGAGUUACCAGAGCGGCCAGUGUUGUUCCCCGAGCAGGUUUCUCAUCUGUGGGAAGUGUCCCCUGUCCCCAACGCAUGGCCCAGAGGCAGAACUGACUGUGUCCUUCAGGCUUCGCUGGGAGGAGGCGGCUGGGCUCGGACCAGGGCACAAGAUGUGGCUUCUCGUCCUGCUGGCGUUGCUGCGCUGUCCCGGCUUCCAGGGGAGAGAAAACUCAUUCACCAUCAACAGUGUCCACAUGAACAGCCUGCCCAACUGGACGGUGCGUAACGGGCAGAACGUGACCCUGCAGUGCGUGGUGGACAUUAGUACCACCGCGGCCGUCAGACCCCAGCACUCGGUGCUCUUCUACAAGGAAGACGUGAUGCUGCACAACGUCUCCUCUUCCCAGACCACCGAGAGUUUCUUCAUCCCCAGAGCGCGAGUCCAUAACGCAGGGACGUACAAGUGCACCGUGCUUCUGAAUAACAAGGAGAAAACCACGCAGGAGUACCGGCUGGUGGUAGAAGGCGUGUCCAGUCCCCAGGUGAUCCUGGAUAAAAAGGAGGUGAUCGAAGGCGGGGUGGUGGCCGUCGGCUGUUCUGUCCCAGAGGAAAAGCCACCAAUGCAUUUCACCAUUGAAAAAGUUGAACUCGAUACCAAACUUGUCAAGCAGAGAAGAGAGAAGACGUCUCAGAACCAGAAUUUUGUGACACUGAACUUCUCCAUCGAGGAGCAGGAUCACGUUUUAGUGUUUCGUUGUCAAGCGAGGAUCAUGUCUGGGUUCCCCGUGCAGACUUCGGACUCUAUCAGGAGUGAACUGGUCACCGUGACGGAAUCCUUCUCUACUCCCAAGUUCCACAUCAGCCCCCCAGGGGUGAUCACAGAAGGUGACCAGGUUCACAUCAAAUGCACCAUUCAGGUGACGCACCUGGCCCACAAAUUCCCGGAAAUCAUCAUUCAGAAGGACAAGGAGAUCGUGGCCACCACCAAAGAGGGCAGCGAGGCCGAGUACUCAGUCAUGGCCAUGGUGGAAGACAACGGUAACUACACAUGCAAGGUAGAAUCGAGCCGCAUAUCCAAGGUCAGCAGCGUCCUGGUCAACAUCACAGAACUGUUUCCCAAGCCGAAGCUGGAAUCGCUGUCUACCCACCUGGACCAGGGGGAAAAGCUGAACUUGUCCUGCUCUAUCUUGGGAGGGCUGCCAGCCGAUUUCACCAUCCAGAAGGGAGACACCAUCGUGUCGAUGAGUCCGGAGUUCACCAAGAUCUCCACGGAGUGGGACAGUGGGGUAUACUCCUGCACGGCGGGCGUCGGCAAAGUGGUCAAAAAAAGCAACACGGUUGAAAUCACAGUGUGCGAAAAGCUCUCCAAGCCCAGGAUUUCUCAUGAUGCCAGGUCUGAGAUCAUCAAAGGACAUACAUUAAAAGUCAGUUGCCAAUCAAUAAAUGGAACGUUACCCAUUACUUACCGCCUUUUAAAAGCCACGGAUGUGUUCCAGACUUCUGUGAUAUACUCAAAUGAGCCUGCAGUCUUUGAUGAUAAACCAGCCAAAGAUGCAGUGUACCAGUGCACUGUGGAUAAUUGCCAUUCCCACCCAGAAAUGGCCAGUGAUGUUCUGAAGGUCAAAGUGAUCGCUCCGGUGGUCCAGGUCAAACUUUCCAUCCUGUUGAGUGAGGAGGUGGAAUCUGGGAAGGAAAUGGUGCUCCAAUGCUCCGUGGAGGAAGGGACCGCUCCAAUCACAUACAGGUUUUACAAAGAAAAGGAACACAGCCCUUUCUACCAAAUCAUCUCCAAUGAGACCCACGCAUUUUGGCGCAAGCCUCAGGCUAGCAAGGAACAGGAGGGAGAGUACCAUUGCACGGCCUCCAACAGAGCCAGCCUCGCCCAAAAGAGCCCCCAAAGCAACACUUUGACAGUCAAAGUGUUUCUUGCCCCCUGGAAGAAAGGCCUCAUUGCACUGGUUGUUAUUGGGGUGAUAAUUGCUACCUUGAUUGUUGGAGCCAAAUGCUACAUUUUGAAGAAAGCCAAGGCCAAGCAAGUGCCUGUGGAGAUGUCCAGGCCAGCAGCCCCACUGCUGAACUCCAACAGUGAGAAGGUGCCAGAGCCCAAUAUGGAAGCCAACAGCCAUUAUGCAGGGUAUGACAAAGUUGGAAACCAUGCAGAGAAACCACUAAAUGCAAACAAAAACCCUCUGAGCGUGGACGUGGAGUACACUGAAGUGGAAGUUUCCUCCGUGGAGCCCCGCCAAGCUCUUGGAAGGAAGGGCACUGAGACAGUGUACAGUGAGAUCCGGAAAGUCGACCCUAAUUUCAUGGAAAACAGAUAUUCAAGGACGGAAGGCUCUCUUGAUGGAAUUUAGGACGUCGAAGGCGGAUGCACAUCCCUGUCCACGUCCCCAGAAGAACAGAUGCUUCCUGUAUUUCAAGAGCUCCGUGCACUUAUUUAUGGGCCUGUCCUGCUCCCACCAAACAUAGCAAUUCCUCAGGCCAAGCCACCAGUUCUUGACUCCAUCCUGCGACGUUCAGGUCAGGCAUAAAGAGACACAGAGGGGCUGUUGAAUUGCCCACGUGGCCUUCCUUCCAAGUUGGAAGCGCUUUGCAGUGUGGAGUGGCAGAAGCAGCUUCUGGGUAUUCGGGCCACUGAGAUACUUUGAAACUUGAAUAUUUUGUCUUGGACAGAGAUCAAGAAGUUUUUCAUGUGUUCUUUCUAUAGAAACUGGUUUUUGUUUUAUUGUUGAUCACUCCGGUGAAUGGCCUGGUCGUGGGGCUAGUUUCUUUGUAUGUUUCUUUCUCCUCUUUUGGCCUUUUGAAGGCCUGGAGUUCUGGACAGCCUCUUGUUCUUUGAAAAUGCGCGUCGCUGGCCAGCUUUGCCCUGGGCUGUUCUGACCUCACCCACUACAGAUAGGAAAACAGCGCUUGGAAACAGUCGCUCCUACAAGACUCCUUGUUUUUCUUCUCUCUCUCUCGCUCUCUUUUUUUUUGGCUGGUAGUGGGGCUUAAACUCAGGGGUCCUCACAUUCUU